UUUAUUCCUUCUGUUAAAUUUCAACAGGAUGUUUGCAAGUUUGCGAAGGAUAAUGUUGAUGGAAGCAGUGUAAUGUCACUCUUCUAUGCAUCAGCCAUCAGUAAAUAUUUAGGAAAUUGUAAGUUACCAGCUAUCAAAGGUGCUGAAGUCACAUUAUCAGAGGCUGUAAAAGAAGGGUCAGAAAUGACUACCUUGUUUUAUGCUGUUGCAGCACAAAAUUUUUUAGGACUCAAAGUUGAUACUGGUGAAGUGCUCAAGGCGGUGAAGGCAGCCAUCAACUCAGAUGAAGACAGUAUCCUUGGGGCAGCAUAUGCCAUGCUUACUGCCACAAGGCUACCUAAGGGCACAGAUGUGUCUUUUAUUACUGAAAUGAUUGAGGAUACUGUGGCCCAGGCUGACGAAGUUGAUAACAGUUAUUUACAGUUUGAAGCUGGACUGUACCCUACUGCAAAAGUUGUGUAUGCCACAUAUGCUCUGUCAGAAUUUCUGGGAAAGGCUCCAGCUAUCACGGAGGAGCAAGUAAUCAAGUUUGCCAACUAUCUCCUCUCACGAAAGCAUGCACAAUCCAUGAAAGAAAUAGGAGCUCUUUUGUUUGCACUUGAUAAACUUGGCAACAAUCCGUUCCAUGUGCCAGUUGUGUUUCAGCUCUAUGGCUCACCAGUUGUCUCUGAUGACAAAAAGAUGGUCAAGGUCCGUGUCACUAAUGUCAUGGACAAGGCUUUUGGUAAAAUGACUGUCACUGGUACUUCUGCCGAGGAUACAGAGGGAACCACUGUCCUUAGCAACAAGGUCUUCACUGCUGGCCCUGACAAUUAUGAGUUGAAUUUCAUGACAUCCAAGCCAGGACCUGGAGUUUACACCAUCAACAUCAGUGCCAAGCCACAUAAGGAGGACAAGCGUCUUCUGGGAACAACCAGUGGUCAGGUGAAAGUCAAAGUUGUCACAAAGGUCAAUGUAGAAGACGUAGAGUUGUCAGUUGUUGACAAAGAGCAGAACAUCAAAUCCAAGACUCUCAGUGUCAAGUAUCCUACUGCUAUUACCAGCGUGAUUGAAGCCGACUACCAUCAGAAAGUGGUGAUGAAGUUUUCACUGAAGAGUGAAUCAUCUGGAGAACUGUUCACUCCUCAUCAGGCUUUUGUUAGGCUCACCAAUCAGAAAACAAAGCAAGAAAUUUUCUUUGUUGCUGAGCCGGAGCCGAGCAAGGUGUUCAAGUUUGAUUUGGAUGUUGGUGCCACUGCCAAAGACUCCUUUGGUUCGCUUUCUGGAAAAUACAAGAUGGACCUCAUUGUUGGAGAUGCUGUCAUUCAGAAUCCUUUUGAGUGGAAUGUUGGUGUUCUGUCAUUAACAUUUGGUGAAGAUGCAGCCAAGCCAAGCAAGGACAAGGACGCCAUGUACAGUGCUAGACCUAAAAUCGAGCACAUGUUCCGCAUUCCAGAGAAGCGUCCUCCAAAGGCUGUGUCCACCGCCUUCACUGUACUUGUUUUCCUUCCACUCGUUAUUAUGCUUAUUGUGGUGAGUAUUAUUGGANCUUUUGGUAAAAUGACUGUCACUGGUACUUCUGCCGAGGAUACAGAGGGAACCACUGUCCUUAGCAACAAGGUCUUCACUGCUGGCCCUGACAAUUAUGAGUUGAAUUUCAUGACAUCCAAGCCAGGACCUGGAGUUUACACCAUCAACAUCAGUGCCAAGCCACAUAAGGAGGACAAGCGUCUUCUGGGAACAACCAGUGGUCAGGUGAAAGUCAAAGUUGUCACAAAGGUCAAUGUAGAAGACGUAGAGUUGUCAGUUGUUGACAAAGAGCAGAACAUCAAAUCCAAGACUCUCAGUGUCAAGUAUCCUACUGCUAUUACCAGCGUGAUUGAAGCCGACUACCAUCAGAAAGUGGUGAUGAAGUUUUCACUGAAGAGUGAAUCAUCUGGAGAACUGUUCACUCCUCAUCAGGCUUUUGUUAGGCUCACCAAUCAGAAAACAAAGCAAGAAAUUUUCUUUGUUGCUGAGCCGGAGCCGAGCAAGGUGUUCAAGUUUGAUUUGGAUGUUGGUGCCACUGCCAAAGACUCCUUUGGUUCGCUUUCUGGAAAAUACAAGAUGGACCUCAUUGUUGGAGAUGCUGUCAUUCAGAAUCCUUUUGAGUGGAAUGUUGGUGUUCUGUCAUUAACAUUUGGUGAAGAUGCAGCCAAGCCAAGCAAGGACAAGGACGCCAUGUACAGUGCUAGACCUAAAAUCGAGCACAUGUUCCGCAUUCCAGAGAAGCGUCCUCCAAAGGCUGUGUCCACCGCCUUCACUGUACUUGUUUUCCUUCCACUCGUUAUUAUGCUUAUUGUGUGGAUCAAGCUGGGAGCGAACCUAUCGAAUUUCCAGUUUUCUCUUGGAUCAAUUGUCUUCCACUUAGGACUGGGUGGUAUAUUUGUACUAUACUACUGUUUCUUUGUCAGCCUGAACAUGUUCACCACUCUUAAAAUCUUGGCUCUUAUUGGUGGCCUCACGUUCCUUGGCGGCAACAGUCUCUUGAGUAACAUCGCAGCCCGCAGGUGAACUGGUGACAAGACUUUAUCCCUCCCCUCCCCUGUGUCAAUAAGAAACAGAAUCGGGAAGGAAACUCUUAUGUGUACUCGAAAUAUGUUAAGUCACAAAAUGACCU